AUGAAGUCAAUCACUGUCAAUGAACACAUGAUUAUGAUAUCUAUCACGAUUUACAACGUUGCACAUCGGUGUCGAAACUUGUGUCAUAGUUUGCCAAGGCAAGGGACAUCGAGCGCUUGGUUGGUUGGUUGGUUGGAUUUUGACAUCUGUGCACAACUUACCAUCAUGACGUCGCGCUCCUCUUGUUACGAUCCAACAUGUUUUGACACGCUUCAAGUUCAAGCUUCAAGCUUUCUCGCUUACGUGCAUCUCAUUCGGACUCACUUCCGCGAUAAUCUUGUUUGCCACUUAGACCACAUUCGCAUUCGCGCACGAGCGCGUAUCCUAUUGAUUGUCUUUCCAGAAUGCUUCACGCUGAAGCCGCAAGGCAGAAAGAAGCCAACCCUCUUCAAGAUUUGCACGGAUCUGACUAACAUUCUCUGUUCUCUUCCUUGA